AUGUCAAUCUAUCUAUCUAUCUAUCUAUCUAUCUAUCUAUCUAUCUAUCUAUCUAUCUAUCUAUCUAUCUAUCGAUUGCCUCGAUCUCUACCUUUCUACUGUCUUAUUAUCUAUCUAUCUAUCUAUCUAUCUAUCUAUCUAUCUAUUGCCUUAAUCUCUACCUAUCUACAAACUUAUUCUAUAUCUAUCUAUCUAUCUAUCUAUCUAUCUAUCUAUCUAUCUAUCUAUUGUCUCAAUCUCUACCUUUCUACAGUCCUAUCUAUCUAUCUAUCUAUUGCCUUAAUCUCUACCUUUCUACAGUCUUAUUAUCUAUCUAUCUAUCUAUCUAUCUAUCUAUCUAUCUAUCUAUCUAUCUAUCUAUCAAUUGCCUCAAUCUCUACCUUUCUACAGUCCUAUCUAUCUAUCUAUCUAUCUAUCUAUCUAUCUAUCUAUCUAUCUAUCUAUUGCCUUAAUCUCUACCUUUCUACAGUCUUAUUAUCUAUCUAUCUAUCUAUCUAUCUAUCUAUAUACAAUCUUUUUAUCUAUCUAUCUAUGAAUCACCUCAUUUUCUAUCUAUCUCUAUAUUUCAUUUUCUAUGUAUCCAUCCAUCUCAUUCUCUCUCUAUGUUUUCUUACUGAUAUAUGUACAUAUGAUUGA